UAUAAACCAUACAACCCUCCACACCCUGCAGUCUCUAAAAGUUCCUCCGCAUUCCUUCCUGCUAUAUGCAUACACACAUACACACACAUAUACACAUACACAAAACUGGGAGGAACCACACAUUGAGGCUAAGGUCUCAGCAUGAGUAAGGCGGGUGGCGAUGAAGGUGGCGGUGGCAGCAGCAGUGAAACAGCCCAGCAGCCGGAGGCAAAGACUUCAGCGGGGAAGGCCCUUGGCAAACUCAGUGCUACCACUAUUGGACCCAGCUGGACUAAAGUUAGUUGCCCCUGCUGUGUAUCGGAGCGGGUCGAGCCUUUGGUUCUGGUGAAGCUCGGAGAGAAAGUUCGCCCUGAGACGAAAAGGUGGCUCGUUAGACUGAUUGGAGCUCCUCAGAAAGAUGGAGGUGCUGCAUUACUGGCCCACCCAGGCGAGGAUGCCAGUGGUGACCUCAUUGUGGUCUCCGCCCCACGCUGUACGUUACUUAAAGCCACUGAAGAGUUAGGUCUAUGUAAGACUUACCGCAACAAAGACAUGGAAGCCUUUUCCUACAAUGACAGAGACCACUUUAAAGAUUCAGACAACAUGGAGGUGUUCCUGACCCUGGCAGAGAGGCAGUACAUAGUGAGGUAUGAGCUGGACGGUAUGCGGGCGCAGAAAGACCUGAGAAUACCCGGCCUGUCUGACAGCUACAUACUGCAUCAUCGUUCAAACAUCUGGCGCAAGCUUGUGUCAGCUGGUGUUAUUGUGGACACGUUUCCCCUACACAACCCGACCAAACUGAAGGAUCUCAGUAAAGCUUGGUACUCUGGGAAUCAGCUGGCUCAGCCGCUGGAUUCAGUCAAUGGGUACUUUGGAACACCUGUGGCUUUCUACUUCAGCUUCCUUGAUUUCUACACCUGGUCUCUGCUCCCGCCAGCGAUACUGGGCCUGUCCAUUACGUACUUCUCAGGUGAGGUUCAAAAGGAGAUAGGGGAGCCAGGUGUUGAAGAUGACUCAGCACCAGCUGUCACCGGUCACAUGAUCCAGGCGAUCUUUAGCAUGCUUUGGUCCACUGUGUUUAUGGAGCUGUGGAAGCGUCGGAGCGCCACCCUGUCCUACCGCUGGGGGACCCUGACACUCGCUGACCGCUUCGCAGAGCCCCGACCCGGUUUCCACGGCAACAUCGGGGUCAACCCAGUGACAGGUCGCAUGGAGCCGCUCUUUCCUGAUUGGCAGAGGGACCUGCGCAUGGCACUGGUGUCAGUGCCAGUGGUGGGGCUGUUUCUAGGGUUGGUGGUACUGGGGAUGCUUUGUUUCUACUGGGGGGAGGCCCAGGUGCAACAGCUACAUAAAGACUGGGACUCCCUGCUGUCUCAGACUUUGCUCUACAUACCCUCAGUGCUUCACAUCGUCUAUACUAAUAUGCUAGGAAAUGUUUACAGGAUGGUGGCACAGUCUCUGACUGAAUAUGAGAACCACAGAGAGGAGUCUGCCUUCGAGAACCAUCUGACAGCCAAAGUCUUGGUGUUCACCUUCUUCAACAACUUUGCAGUGCUCUUCCACAUCGCCUUCUUCAAGCAGAAUGUGCCUUUGCUUCGCAAGCGUUUAGCGUCUCUGCUGAUAGUGUCCCAGCUGGUGAACCAAGUAACAGAGGUGGUCAUACCCUACCUGGUGGACCGCUUUAUCAGCGCCCCCAAUAGAGCAGAGAGUGAAGACGACCCACAGGAGGACAAAUAUAGGAACCAAAGCACCCUGCCUGUUUUUCCUGGCUUGUUUUCAGAGUACAUCGAGCUCCUGGUGCAGUUUGGGUAUUUGAGUCUUUUCUCCUGCGUGUAUCCACUGACGGCCGUGCUGCUGCUCAUCAAUAACGUAACGGAGAUCCGAACGGACGCCUACAAGAUCUGCAAACUAUUCCGGAAACCCUUCUACGCCCCCGUGGCCAACAUGGGCGUGUGGCAGAUUGCUUUCGAGGUCCUGAGUUUUGUCUCUGUUGUGUCCAACUGCUGGCUGCUGCUGCUGUCACCGCGGUUACAACAGCUGUGUCAGGAGGGCGGGAUGAGUGGCACAAACAUUCUGCUGUCGGCUGUUUUGGUAGAGCAUGGGCUGAUCUUGGUUAAGGUUGUCUUGGCGGUAGUGAUCCCUGAUGAACCGGACUGGAUCCGGAAAAAGAGAGAGCGUAUUGAGUACACAUCCAUGCGGGCCUUGAGAGAGCAGAAACUGCAUCAAGAGUCUUGAUUGCGUUGAGGUGUUGCUUCAUGUUGUCCUGUGCUGGGCUGCUACAACCAGAAGAUAGUACCCACUUCAGCGUUGUGUGGACUCACAGAGGAGAAGAGUCUUAGAGCUCUAGCAGGCUAACAAUGCAUACUGCUGUGCCCCUAAUUCACUCACCCUGUACACUUAAGUGUUUGUGCUGCUCUCACUUAUUAACAUGUGCUUCUGCACCAUGAACACCAUUUUAAAUGCACACUAAUAUUACAUGUACACUGCAAGUGCAAUUUGCAGUGUACAUGUAAUAUGCUGCAAGUGCAAUUGAAAUUUUAUAUUAGACUGCAAAUUAAAUGUAUUAGUUAUAUGUGCUGAAACGAAGAAUUUUAAAAAGAUGUUAUGAUAAUGGAGGCUUUCUCAGGGUUUGUUUAGAUUUAAUGAGGGGAAACUGGAGAGCUCUUGUAAAAUCACUAUGGCUACAGAAUGUACAGUCAAUAUUUACAAUAGUAAGACAGACAGGACAGAGUAUUUGAUGUAGGGGCAGGGUCAAAGACCAAUGUUUUCUUUCAGGAGUGUUUUUGCUCAGAUCACCUUGUGAUAAACUACAGUGAGUGUUUAGGAUUCAUAAUUAUUAUAAGAUAAGGUUAAAACUGUAUUUAACCGGAGGGGAAUUACUGUGCAGCAGUUGCAAUACAAAGUGGGAAGAGUGCAAAUAUAUAAGUGUGUAGUAGAAAUAAAAGUCUUUAAGUCAGGUUUAAUCAAUCUUUUUGUAAUAGGGUAGGCUCAUAAUAAUAAAACCACAGAGAAUUA